UCAGAUGGACGGAGGGAUUGCGGGGGGAGCCCAGAGAAGGCAGAGAGCAACUCGAGGACCAGUUAGGCUCUAAUGUCAGGAAACACCCUACUUCCCAGCUCUCCCGGUUCCAGCUGCUGGCGUUUGGCAGAUGGCGUCUCCUUUACAAGAAGAAGGCGUGGUGAAGGAGAUCGACAUCAGCCACCAUGUGAAAGAAGGGUGCGAAAAGGCCGACCCUUCCCAGUUUGAGCUGUUGAAGGUUUUGGGACAAGGAUCCUACGGGAAGGUGUUCCUGGUGAGGAAGGUCAAGGGGCCGGACGCAGGACAGCUCUACGCAAUGAAAGUUCUUAAGAAAGCUACCUUAAAAGUUCGGGACCGAGUCAGAUCGAAGAUGGAGAGAGACAUUUUGGCAGAAGUGAAUCACCCUUUCAUCGUAAAGCUUCAUUAUGGAAGCCCUUUCGACGACUUCAGCAAGCCCGUUUAUAGCAUCCUCCUGGACGAAGAGGGACAUAUUAAAAUCACAGACUUCGGGCUGAGUAAGGAGGCCAUCGACCACGACAAGAGAGCCUACUCCUUCUGUGGGACAAUCGAGUACAUGGCGCCCGAGGUGGUGAACCGGAGAGGACACACGCAGAGUGCCGACUGGUGGUCUUUCGGCGUGCUCAUGUUUGAGAUGCUCACGGGAUCACUGCCGUUCCAGGGGAAAGACAGGAAGGAGACCAUGGCCCUCAUCCUCAAAGCCAAGCUGGGGAUGCCCCAGUUCCUCAGCAUGGAGGCCCAGAGUUUGCUGAGAGCCCUCUUCAAGCGGAACCCCUGCAACCGGCUGGGUGCCGGCAUUGAUGGCGUGGAGGAGAUCAAGCGUCACCCUUUCUUUGUCACCAUAGACUGGAACGUAAACUCGCCUGGCGUCCCCCCCAGCGCCAACGCUCAUCACCUAUUCAGAGGAUUCAGUUUUGUGGCCUCCACCCUGGUCCAGGAGCCCUCGCAGCAAGAUGUGCACAAAGCCACAGUCCACCCCAUCGUGCAGCAGCUACAUGGGAACAACAUCCACUUCACCGAUGGCUAUGAGAUCAAGGAGGACAUCGGCGUGGGCUCCUACUCUGUGUGCAAGCGAUGUGUGCACAAGGCCACCGACGCAGAGUACGCUGUCAAGGUCAUCGAUAAGAGUAAACGAGACCCCUCAGAAGAGAUUGAGAUUCUCCUGAGGUACGGCCAGCACCCGAACAUCAUCACCCUCAAAGACGUCUACGACGACGGGAAGUGCGUGUACCUGGUGAUGGAGCUGAUGCGCGGUGGGGAACUGCUGGACCGCAUCCUGCGGCAAAGGUGCUUCUCGGAGCGCGAGGCCAACGACGUGCUGUGCACCAUCGCCAAGACCAUGGACUACCUGCACUCCCAGGGGGUCGUUCACCGAGACCUGAAGCCGAGUAAUAUCCUGUAUAUGGACGAGUCUGGGAACCCUGAAUCCAUCCGGAUCUGUGACUUUGGGUUUGCCAAGCAGCUGCGAGCCGAGAACGGGCUGCUGAUGACACCCUGCUACACCGCCAACUUUGUUGCCCCGGAGGUCCUGAAACGGCAAGGCUACGACGCAGCGUGUGACAUCUGGAGUUUGGGGAUCCUGUUAUACACGAUGCUGGCUGGAUUCACCCCUUUCGCAAACGGACCAGAUGACACCCCCGAGGAGAUUCUGGCACGGAUUGGCAGCGGGAAGUAUGCGCUUUCGGGGGGAAACUGGGAUUCCAUCUCGGAUGCGGCAAAGGAUGUGGUGUCCAAGAUGCUCCACGUGGACCCCCAUCAGCGCCUGACCGCAGUGCAGGUCCUCAAACACCCGUGGAUCGUGAACAGAGAGUACCUGUCCCAACAGCAGCUCAGCCGACAGGACGUCCACCUAGUGAAGACGCAUUGA